UACUCACUGUAUUCAAGAUAUACCUUAGAACUGUUGAGAAGUUUAGUCAUAAUUCUCUAGCAAAGAUGGUCCUGACUGGGAGGCUCAUACACUGCCUGUGCUCAUAAUGGUUUUUCAGGGAAGAAUGAGUGCCUGGCCAUCUCCUCUGCUUUGGACCUUAACCAUGGCGUGUUUAAUGGGUAUUGCUUUAGGCCAGACAACCACCAUCCAGGUCCCUACUGCAUCAACCGCAGCACCUCCUAGUGCAACCACUGGUGGGGCUUCUGCUCCCCCAGCUGCCUCUGCAUCAACCAGUGCAACCCCUACCGUGUCCACAGCAGUGCCAUCUGAUCCAAGCACAGAAACACCUGCUCAGACUUUGUCUGCUACCACCAGCAUGACUGUCCUCACCUCUGGCAGCACAGCCACCUCUCAAGCAUCUGGACUGAUGGCCACAUCCACCAGUGCCCUGGUGUCCCCUUCAGGCAUGACCACGUCUCCUGCAGUCCCAUCAGCAGCUCCGUUCCUCACCACUGCCAAGGCCUUGAACUGCAGCAGUGUGAAUGUGACAACCUGUGCCCCCUGCUCCCCAGGGACAUUUCCCAGUGCAGGCACCCUGAGCUGCUCGUGCUGUGCAGAGGGCUCCUGCGCAGACCCCAGUGCCUGCACCCCCUGCCCGCUGGGCCACUACCAGCCCCAGAGUGGGCAGCUGUCCUGCCUGCCGUGCCCUCAGGGGAGUUACACCAGCUUCACUGGAAGCACCGUGUGCUUUCCCUGCCCACCAGGCAAUUACGGUAAUGAGUCUGGGGCUGCAGCCUGCAGAGCAUGUGAGAAAGGCCAUUUUAGCUCCAAGCAAAAUGCAACUUUUUGUCUGCCUUGCCAGCCUGGAUCAUUUUGCAACACCACCAGCUGCUCGGUGUGUCUGCCUUGCCCUCCUGGGCAAGAGGCUCUUCAGGAGGCAUCGGAGGAGUGUGUGUCCUGCCCCGUGGGUAUGUUCAAAGGUCCCAGUGACAACGAGUGCAAGCUCUGCGGGGCAGGAGAAUACCAAUUACAGUGGGGCAAGGAGAGCUGUGACCCAUGCCCAGAAAAUCACUACUGCCCUAGCCCAGAUGUGCACCCAGUGAAGUGCCCUCCUGACGCCUUCUGCCCCGCGGGCAGCGCUGGGCCAGGGUACUGCAUGGAGGUCUUCCUCUACAAGGCAGGGGACUCCUGCCAGCUGACCCCCCUCAUGGUCGUUGUCCUGGCCACCUUCUCAGGAGGUGGAAUCUUUGCUCUCUUUCUAAUAAUUCUGAGAAGAACACAAGAAUACAGCAAGACAUCAUUAAAGUCUCUGCUCCUGCCCCGAGGCUCAGGACACACAACUUAUGGAGGGACUGAGCACAGAGAGCCAGUCUAUGCUGGCUGGUAGGACGUGCUGUUAGCAGGCAAGCACCCCUUUCCCUUUUGCCUGGAGCAUUUCAGCUGUGUGUGCACAGGGAAAAUGUUUAACCAUGGCCAGCCCAUUUCUGUACAGCUAAAAUAAGUGCUGAAAAAUAAAACUGUGUUUUUGA